AGUUAUUGGUUAAAUUUUACUCUUGAGAGAUGAUACUUUCAGCCUAUUCAUUUUUGAUAAUGGUAAAUUGGUUUUCCCUUUUUCAUUUUUUUGGUAGGUGAUGUUGAAGUGAUAUAUAAAGUUUAUUGACUGUAGGGAUCUGUCCCAUCAUCUGCCAUAUAAAGAGACCUUUGUUUCAGGUCCAGGUAUUUGCUGACCUUGACCAGGGCACCAUGAAAGUUGGGGUUUCUGGGGAAUAAAUGUGAAACAACAAACAGAAUCCAGAACCCCCAGCUUCCAGAUUCUUGUUAGACCCAGUUGUUCUCAUCGUUCUUGUCUGGAUCGCAGGUGCUGAUUUUCUGGGCCAAAAUCUCUGCCACAAGCAAAGGGAAGACAACAUCAGCAUAGCCCUUAACAGCUUCCAUCCCGUUCUGAUCUUACCCCAGGACACAGCGAGGUCCAGACUCAGGCCCCACUCUGUGCUGUCCAGUUCCUGGCUCAUGUUGCUGUACGCAGCAUAAUCAGCUUGGUUCUCAUGAGCUCAGCAUGGGCACCAUGGGGUGUCAGCAGGCCUUCCCAAGGACAAUCUGAUCCACCACAAAAUGACUUUACAGAGCUAGAAUAAAUGACAAAGUUCUUCUGGAAACUCAGAUCUCUUCUGGAAGAUCAAUAGAUCAAGAAUUUCAAGGGAAUUCAUGAAAAAUAAAAUGCAAAGGAAACUGGCCUAGCUGUGCCAGACCUAAAACUAGUAUAAAGCAGUGGUUAUCAAUUUGUGACUGGCUCAGAAAUAAAGUCAUCGAUCAGUGGAGAAGUAGAUUAGGUUUUCUAGAUUUGGUAAAUUAUAUAAUUGGGAAAAGACACCAAUAUGUAAAAAUUUUUGUAAUGGCAAGGACCUGGAAAAUGACUUGCUGAAUAAAUUGUGGUAUAUUAAUGUAAUGGAAUAUUAUUCAGUGCAUUAUAUUGAACAGACUGAUUUCAGAAAAGCCUGGAAAGACUUGUAUGAUGUUAUGUUAAGUGAGGUGAGUAUUACCAAGAGAAAAUUGUACACAGCAACAAGACAUGAUAAAUUGGGAUAGAUUUGGCUCUUUCAUCAGGGAGGUGAUUUAAGGCAGUUCCAGUGGACAUGUGAUAGAGGGAGCCAUCUGCAUCCAGUGAAAGGACUAUGGAAACUGGAGGUGAAUUAAAACAUAGUAUUUUCACCUUUUUUUGGUUAUUUGCUUCUUUUUUUUUUUUUCUCCUCUUUUUUUCCCCUGUUUGCUCUGGUUUUUCUUCCAUAGGAUGACAAAAGUGGAAAUAUAUUUGGAAGAAUUGUACAUGUUUAACCUAUAUUGGAUUACUUGCUGUCCAUGGCAGGAGGAAGGUGCAUAGGGAGGGAAAAAAAUUUGGAAAACAAGGUUUUGCAGAGGUAAAUGAUGAAAUUACAUAUAUUUUGAAAAACCAGAAUAUUAUAUUAAAAAGUAAAAAAGGAAAUAACAUUUUAAAAAAGCAAACUAUUUCAUUUUUUGGUUACAUUUCGGGUUCUAAGUAUCUCCUUCCCUUCCUCCCCACCCUCCAUUAGUAGAAUUUCUUUUAUCUGUCAAGAUACGGUACUUUGAUGUUUCAGAAAUUAUUGACAUUCCAAGAUGUUGCUGUGGAAUUCACCCAGGAGGAAUGGAGCUAUUUGGAUCCUGGUCAGAAGGACAUGUACAGGGAUGUGAUGCUGGAGAACUACCAGAACUUUGUCUCUCUUGGGUUUCCAGUAACUAAAUCAACUGUGAUUUCUCAUCUGGAGAGAUAUGAAGCCUCCUGGCUAUCAAGGGAAGCAGACCCCAGAUGCAUUUCUGAGGAUUCCCCUGUUGAAAAAAGAGAAUGUGAAUCCAAGGACCCAACUACAAAACAGUAUAUUACUAUCAGAGAGACAUCCAGAGAGGGACUCAUAAAGGAUGAUUUCUAUAAAUCUAAAUUGGGAGAAGCUUGUAAUUAUGACACUGGAUUAAAAAGGCAGAUAAACAACCUGGAAAGACAGUCCAUGAACCUAGUAAUUAAGUAUAGCAAAAAGUCACGUAGCAGAAUUUCCGUGGUGAAGAAUUUUUGUAAGUUUAAUAAGUACAAGAAGCUUUUUCAUUACUACUCAAAACUGAAUCAUUACCGUAGAGUGUAUUCUCAAGGAGAACCUCAUAGAAUUAAUGAAUGUGACAAAACCUUCCACAUCAAUUCAGACUUUAGUAUACAGAGAGGAAUUCAUGCUGGAGUAAAAGCUCAUAAAUUUGGUGAAUAUGGUAAUGCAUCUGGCUGCAAAUCAUACCUUAGUGUUCGACAGAAAAAUCUUCAAGAAGAAAAGCUUAUUAAACGAUAUUAUAAUGGUAGCAAAACUUUUAGGCAGACGGGAUAUCUUUCUCCACAUAAUAGACUUCCUUCUGAACAGAAACCGUAUAAAUGUAAUGAAUGCGGGAAAACUUUCUGUCUUAAGGAAACCUUUAAUAAACACAAGAAAAUUCAUACUGGAAUGAAACCCUAUAAAUGUAAUGAAUGUGGAAAAGCUUAUAAGGACAAAGCAUCCUUUAAUAGACAUGAGCGAAUUCAUACUGGAGAGAAACCUUAUCAAUGUAAUGAAUGUGGAGAAGCUUUCAGGUUGAAAAGAAGCCUUGUUGUACAUGGAACAACUCAUAGUGGGGAGAAUCCUUAUAAAUGUAAUGAAUGUGGAAAAGCCUUCACUCGUAUGGAUCACCUUAAGAGGCAUGAGAAAAUUCACACUGGAGAGAAACCAUUUAUAUGUAAAAAAUGUGGAAAAGCCUUCAUGUUUAAGGGAAUCCUUGAUAUACAUGAGGUAAUUCAUUCUGAACAGAUGCCUUAUAAAUGCAAUGAAUGUGGGAGAGCCUUCAAACUCAAGGGACCCCUGAUUAUACACCAGAGAAUUCAUACUGGAGAGAAACCGUAUAAAUGUAAUGAAUGUGGGAAAGCCUUCACUCAGAAGUAUCAUCUUAAUAUGCAUAAAAAUAUUCAUACUGGAGAGAAACCCUAUAAAUGUAAUGAAUGUGGAAAAGCCUUUACUCAGAAGUAUCACCUGAAUAUGCAUGAGAAAAUUCAUACUGGAGAGAAACCAUAUAUAUGUAAAGAAUGUGGGAAAGCUUUCAUGUUUAAGGGAAGGCUUGAUAUACAUGAGGUAAUUCAUACUGGGCAGAAGCCUUAUAAAUGUAAUGAAUGCGGGAAAGCCUACCGCCAGAAGGCAGGCCUUAAUUCACAUAAAAGUGUUCAUACUGGAGAGAAACCCUUUAAAUGUAAUGAAUGUGGAAAAGCCUACCAGCAAAAGGGGGGCCUUAAUUCACAUAAGAGAAUUCAUACUGGAGAGAAGCCCUUUAAAUGUAAUGAAUGUGCAAAAGCCUUCAGGGACAAGGCAGGCCUUAAUUCACAUAAGAGAAUUCAUACUGGAGAGAAACCAUUUAAAUGUAAUGAAUGUGGAAAAGCCUUCAGGGAAAAAGGUAGUCUCAAUUCACAUAGGAAAAGUCAUAACUGAUAUGAAACUUUGUAAUAAAUGUGGAAAAGCCUUCAAAGUUAAGGAACAUCUUAAUAGACAUAAGAAAACUCAUACUGAUGUGAAACUCUAUAUAUGUAAUGAAUGUGGAAAAGUCUUCAAAUGUAAGGAACACCUUAAUUUAUAUAAGAGAUUUCAUAUUGGAGAGAAAACUUAAAAAUUCAAGGAAUGUGGAAAACCAUUUAAGUGUAUAGCAACUUUAAAAAAUAAAGAAAUUCCUUCUGGAGGGAAAUCCUUUGAAUGUACUGAUGUUGAAGCAGACUAUGGCUGAAAUCCAAACUUUGCAAAAUAAAAAAUGAGAAAUUGAGAAAA